AGAGAGAGGAGUUGGGGGGGACGGGAGCCCGCCGCCAUGGACGCCGCCGGGCAGCCCCAGCAGUCGGCCUCGCAGCAACCGGGGCAGCAGCAGCAGCCUCCUCCGCCCCCCAAUUCUUCGGGGCAGCCUCCUCCUCAGGCGCCGCCGCCGCCGCCUCAGCAGCCCGGCGGCGCCGUCCCCGGCCCACCCCCGGCCGGCCACCAGAUCGUGCACGUCCGCGGCGACUCGGAGACGGACCUGGAGGCUCUCUUCAACGCCGUCAUGAACCCCAAGGGCGCCAACGUCCCCCACACGCUGCCCAUGAGGCUCCGGAAGCUGCCCGACUCUUUCUUCAAGCCGCCCGAGCCCAAGGCCCACUCCCGCCAGGCCAGCACAGAUGCAGGGACAGCAGGAGCUCUGACACCUCAGCAUGUCCGUGCCCACUCCUCUCCAGCAUCGUUGCAGUUGGGCACCGUUUCUCCAGGGGGGCUUGCCCCUUCCGGCAUAGUUCCUGGAGCAGCACCUUCUUCUCAACAUCUCCGCCAGUCAUCCUUUGAAAUCCCUGAUGAUGUGCCCCUACCACCGGGUUGGGAGAUGGCAAAGACACCUUCUGGCCAGAGAUAUUUUUUGAAUCACAUUGAUCAGACAACAACAUGGCAGGAUCCAAGGAAGGCCCUCCUUUCUCAGAUGAAUGUUACAGCUCCCACAAGUCCUCCAGUGCAACAGAGCAUCAUGAAUUCAGCAACUGGCCCGCUCCCUGAUGGAUGGGAACAAGCCAUGACCCAGGAUGGAGAAAUUUACUACAUAAACCAUAAGAACAAGACCACAUCUUGGCUAGAUCCAAGGCUUGACCCACGCUUUGCAAUGAGCCAGAGAAUCAGCCAAAGCGCUCCCGUGAAGCAGCCACCCCCAAUAGCCCCCCAAAGUCCGCCUGGUGGAGUGCUGGGGGGCAGCAACUCCAAUCAACAGCAGCAGAUGAGGCUACAGCAACUACAGAUGGAAAAAGAGAGGUUGCGACUGAAACACCAAGAACUGCUUCGGCAGGUGAGGCCGCAGGCAUUGCGGAAUAUCAAUCCCAGCACAGCAAAUUCUCCAAAACGUCAGGAAUUGGCUCUUCGCAGUCAGCUUCCCAGCAUGGAACAGGAUGGAGUUCCGCAAAAUCCAGUGUCCUCUCCUGGAAUGUCUCAAGAACUGAGAACAAUGACCACAAAUAGUUCGGAUCCUUUUCUUAACAGUGGAACUUACCACUCGAGAGAUGAGAGCACAGACAGUGGCCUCAGCAUGAGCAGUUACAGCGUCCCCAGAACUCCAGAUGACUUCCUCAACAGUGUGGAUGAAAUGGAUACAGGUGACACUAUCAACCAAAGCAACAUACCCUCCCAUCAGAACCGCUUUCCAGAUUACCUUGAAGCCAUUCCGGGGACAAACGUGGACCUUGGGACACUGGAAGGAGAUGCAAUGAAUAUAGAAGGAGAGGAACUGAUGCCAAGCCUACAGGAGGCUUUGAGUUCUGACAUCCUUAAUGACAUGGAAUCCGUAUUGGCAGCCACCAAGCUAGAUAAAGAAAGUUUUCUUACCUGGUUAUAGGGGCCUCAGGGAGAUGGAGUUUGAAAUCUUGGAAGGAUCUAAGGAGAUAAGACACGUACCUGAUGUUGAAAACAAGCCUGUACGGCAAAGGCUUCUUGGCUUAUGAUCAGAGAGGAAAACAAGUAAAUGAACAAAAUACUCCAGAUUCUUUUUCAUCCAAUGUUUUGUUCCUCCUUGUCCAAACGCUGCUGUUUUACUGCUGACCUCUUUCACAGUUGACUCUGAAGAAUUAGAUGUUUUGUUAUAUCUUUUUUUUUUUUUUUUUUUUUUGCUGUUGCAACUACUGUUCCACAUGGUCGUUAAUGGAGAGAGGGAAGGAUGGGGAAGUGGCGAGGGCCCUGUUUUGGAUGAUGACUGCCAUUCCUUUUGUCCCGCUAUCUGUUUUGUAUGCCCUUUUAUCUAAUAAUGCAGAUGUUUUAUGAAUUCAACUCUGCACAUCCCUUCUUGUAGCUGGCUAUGCUUUGCUUGGAGUUUUGCUCUUUUGCCUGUGGCAAGCUGCAAAGAAACAAAAACAAAAACACAAAAAAGUGACUUACUGGUCCAGUAAGCCAAAAAUGAUGUAUCUGAUGGAAUAGAAGUCAAUACGGAUUUGGAGAUAAGGAUCAGAAGAAGGCUGAGAUCUUACUAUUGGGCACAGUCCAUCAGACACUAUGGCUGCUUGAUCAACGUUGAAAGGAAUGAAAUAUGCACAGCAGUGAUUUUUCUAUUGGAUUAAGCCCAUCAUUAUCUACUUAAAAGUUCUCUUUAUUAGCUUGUUCACAUUUUAUGGCACCAUAAUUGAUUCAUUUUACACACAAAAAAUCAUUAGAAUCUUGAUUGUUGCCUCUUAUUUUAGCUUUUUUUCAAAUUCUAGGCCUUCUUUAAAAAAAAAAAAUAUAGCAGUAGGUUAAGAAGUUAACUGUUUUCAGUUUUGUGUUUUUGUUGUUUCAUAUUUUUAAAUAAUGAAAACUAAAUUUCCUGACUUCACGUAGUCUUAUUUAAGUCUGAAAUGGUUGACUUUUUUAUACCUAACUAGUAUAGCCAGUGAAUAUCUAUAGUUCUAUGUUUUGCUUAUAACUUUUUAAAAGAUAGCUUUGAAUGUAUUAUUAGACUAAAGGACCGGUGGCUUAUCUUUUGUGCCUGUACCAGAAUUCAAAGCAAAUUUUAAAAGUUGGAACUCCUACUGAACACUAUUCCUAAUAUUCGCACCAAUAAUUUCAGAGGAAUUUACAUCCAUCAAAAUGUUUUUAGGACUACCGCUUAAGAGUGACCAACCUGUAUGGCUUUUAUCAUGAGUUUUAAACACAGGAAAAAAAGUAUACUAUGGUUCUUCAUCAUGGGACAGCUCUUGCCAUUUUUGAGAGAGCUUUUUAAAAUGUUGAUGAAAUUGGUGGCUUGAGAUUCUAAAGUCCCUGAUGGAUAAAAAAACGGAGAUGCUUUCGUAUAGUUAUUUUUAUGAUAUCACCUGCACUGUCAUCUUGAGUUUACAACACUAGCAACAUGAACACUAAAAGUUAAGGUGCAUUCAGAAGCAUACUGACGAAUAAGCCCAUGGUGCAUAUAGAAGAUUGUAAAGAUAUGUGUUAGAUUGUAACGUGAGCAAGUAGUAGUGUAUUUUAGUAGUAGAGAUUAGCACUGAAGUCGAGGAGCCGAGUACGUCUUGAAACCAUGAACUAUUUUUACCAGAAAUUAUUGUCCUCGAAGUUGUUUGUAGGAAUUGUGACGUUUUCCAAAGAGUAUUUUUAAGUGAACAAAAUGAGCAUGAAUCAAUGUUACAGUAUAAGCUAUGAAGUUUUUAAUGUGUUGGCACCAGCUAGUACCAUCUGGAUCUUUCAACAUUCCCAUUCAUUCAUUGUCCUUAUUUUCAAGGGUUUAUAACCUGGCCAUCAAAAGACCUUUCAGGCUGAAACUUUGUGUGUUAAGUUUUAAUGUCAACAAUAUCUCCUAGGUUCAUUUUACCCCACUCCCUAGCUGACGUGUGGGAUGAAACCUAAAAGCGAAGCUUUGGCCAAGAGGCUCAAUGGCUCCCUUCUGCAACAUCAUGUUAACUCCUAAGUCAAUAACUUGCGACGUAGCCGGAAGAACACAUCAUACUCCCAUUAAGAGGAUUCCUUUAUUCCUAUUCUCCCCACAUUUCCCCAAAGAUCCUUUCAAAAGGCAAACUGACACAAAAUAUAAUUGGACUUUAGCAGUUGUAUAAAUGAAGAGAAGUUGGACAUUGAGAAUUCCUGCUUUUCGGUGAGCUCAUUUCUAUCCAGAUAUUGGAGGACCACUUAUAUCUGUUUUGAGCCUCAAGUAGAAAUUGCUGAAUUCCUAUUCUGGGUAUUGCAUAGAAGUGCACAGAAACAGUUUCUGUUUGCUUUUCUUGGUCACAGCUUUAAGGUUGGAACUUUUUAAUUAUUUUUCCCCCUUGCUGUACAUACACUACACAGCUUAUACUGUAUUGGAGUAGCACUGCUGGAGAGGUACCGACAUAAAACUGGGAAUUCUUGAAUUUCUCUUUAACACUAAGCCGUUUAUGUAGAACUUAACGCAAGUUACAUUAUAAGCCUCUUCAUUUGAUGGGAAAUGUGCCUUAGAGAUUAUUUGUACCGUUAACAGGAGAAGAAAAACAAGCCAGUCUAGAUUUUUAUUCGAAUUGAUCACUUGACAGAGUGGCUUAACUUUUGUGUGUGUAUUGAAAUGCAGAAAGAAAGAGAAAGGAAGGAAGGAAGAAAAGUGUUAUGAGUAGUAUUUUGUAUUGAUUGGUGUAUAUAUUUAAACAGAUCACUGUCCUAACUUUAUAGCUUCAAGAUUUUUUUUUAAAGUACAAUUAUGUUCAGAUUGCAACUGAAGCUUAUGAAUUCUUGUGUAUGUCUGACAGCAUAACUUCUUUGGAAUGUGUACUGUUUCUAUAAAUCAUAUGGAUCAAAAAUUGUACCAGUCAGUGUUGGAGCUCAAGCAAUGCAAAAGGUGAAAAGACAGUUUUGGAGUGAUUAACGGUAACUUAGUUUUUGCACAUCUGGAGAAUCCAUAUUAAAACGACUUCACUUGCAAUCAUAGUGGGAUUUUUUUAUACAAGAUGCAGGUGUGCGUGCGUGCAUGUGCGUGUCUAAAAUGACACUUUAGGGUGAAAAACUUCCAUAUUUUAAAAUGUUUUCUAUUAGAGAACCCUAAAACUCAAUUUUUGCAAAUAUAUAUAAAGUUAUGAAUGUUAUAUUUUCUUUAUAGAGCAUGCCUCUGUUAGGUACCGUAGUAAAUUCUGUUACAUUUUCUUUUAUGUAAUACGUUUCCCCCCCCCAUUGCUUUUUUGUUUUACAUGAUAUAAAUAUAUACUUUGCGCUUA